AUGAGGAUGAUUUGCGAGAAGAGGAGCCUGAGCUCGAUCGAGCUGAGGAUCGAGCUGAGUCGAGCUGAGGAUCGAGUGACAAGCCAGGAAUGCGGAUUUGGAGGAUUGGACUUCUCCAAAAGUUCAACAAGUGGCAAGGGAAAGCCAUGGAAAGAUGCAAAAGUCCAUGGACAAGAUGGUGAGCAAGAUCAAAAGUUUGGAGAAGAAAGUUUCUGGUUCUUCAAGCAAGAAGAAGAAGUCCAAGGCCCCACAUUCCCUAGGAGUAGAUCACUCCUCACCACUCCAAGGAGGCUCCCUGCCCAAGAGCCUCACAGAGCCUCUUCUUUCGAGCCAAGGGAAGGAGAAGACAACACGCAGAGAAGGAGGAAGAGUUCCAAGGCCAGACGCUCCAACUCGAUCGAGUCCAAACAGAGGAAACUCAACUCGAUCGAGCUGAGGGUCGAGUUGACCUGGAGGAGCCCCUGUUUGAGAACCCUGGAUUCGAGUACGAUCAACGCAGUACCAGGACUUCUCUCAGACCCUGGACCCCUACAACCGCUUCGAGCAAGCCAGCUCCACCAAGGCCAAGGGAGCCACACACUUUGA